CUGAAAGCUGCAGGAGGGAAGGGGAGAGAGAGAGAGAGAGAGAGAAACAGAGGUGAAUUAUCAACAUGAGUGAAGAGAAAGCAGAGGUAAAGACUUUACCUACAUUUGAAGCUGGCCCAUUGGCUUCACCUGGAAACACCUAUGCCCCCAUCCUGAGCCGUAAUGAGGCCGUGAAGGAUGCCCAGCGCCUCAAGACCUUCCAGGAGCUAAGGGACAAGUACGUCCUCAAGAAAGUGCUGUUUGAAGACCCACUGUUCCCUGCCAACAACAACUCUCUCUUCAAGACUCGCAGGGCUCCCCUUGAUAUUAAAUGGAAGCGGCCGCGGGAGAUCUGUGAAAAUCCCCAGUUCAUCAUUGGCGGAGCUGACCGAACAGACAUUUGCCAAGGAGACCUUGGUGACUGCUGGCUUCUUGCAGCCAUUGCUUGCCUGACACUGAAUGAGAAACUGCUGUACAGGGUCAUCCCACCAGAUCAGAGCUUCACAGAGAACUAUGCUGGGAUCUUCCACUUCCAGUUUUGGCGGUAUGGAGAAUGGGUGGACGUUGUGGUGGACGACCGAAUUCCAACAAGUAAUAAUAAACUGGUCUUCACAAGUUCUGGGAAGAAGAACGAGUUCUGGAGUGCUCUUCUGGAGAAGGCUUAUGCCAAGCUGCACGGCUCAUAUGAGGCCCUGAGUGGAGGGAACACUCUGGAAGCCAUGGAGGACUUUACUGGUGGCGUAACCGAGUACUUCCACGUUAGGGAGACACAGCAGGAGCUGUUCCAGAUCAUGAAGAAGGCCCUUGAGAGAGGCUCGCUCAUGUGCUGUGGCAUAGAGGACUUGGUCCCACAGAAUCGUGCAGUCAGAACACCCACCGGUCUGGUAAAAGGACAUGCUUACUCCAUAACUGGUGUUGAACAGGAUAGUAAGGACAUCCAGAUUCGUCUGAUGCGUCUCAGAGACCCUUGGGGGGUGUCCCCACUCCCCACCUGCAAGUCUAAAGACUGGCCAUCCCUUGCCUCUUCAGAGGAGGAGAAACAGAGGCUCCAGCCAGUUGAGGAGCUGGGCGAGUUUUGGAUGUCUUAUGAGAACUUCUACAAUAACUUCACCCGGGUGGAGAUCUGCAACCUGACCCCUGACACGCUAAAGAAUGACUGCAUGGCAAACUGGACAGUGACCGUCCACGAGGGGCGCUGGGUGAAUGGCUGCUCCGCUGGAGGCUGUAGGAACUUCCCAGACACUUUCUGGACAAACCCUCAGUACCGCAUUCGGCUCAUGGAGGAGGAUGAUGGGGGGAAAGGAUGUACGAUGGUCAUAGCUCUCAUGCAGAAGGAGAGACGAAAGGAGCACCUCAUGGGACCAGUUAUCCACGCCAUUGGCUUCUUUGUCUAUGAGGUGCCAAAGAAGUUACAUGGCAGUAACACGCCACUGUCUAAAGCGUUCUUCCAGCAGAACAGCUCAGUGGCAAAAAGCAAGUCUUACGUCAACCUCAGGGAGGUCACUGAACGCGUUCAGCUGAAGCCUGGGGAGUAUGUUAUUGUGCCCUCGACCUUUGACCCUAACCUGGAGUGUGAGUUCAUUCUCAGAAUCUUCACAGAGAAGAAGAGCACAUCAAGACUGAUCGAGGAUCCAGUUCAAGAUGAACGGCCGGAAACCAUGGAAAAAAGGAAGCUUAAGCUUGGCCAACCUCCAGAGGAGAGUGAGGAGGACAAGCAUUUCAGGCAGAUCUACCAGCAGGUUGCCGGGACGGACAUGGAGAUAUGUGCCAAUGACCUCAAAAUUCUUUUGAAUGGGGUUGUAGCUAAGUACAUUGACCUGAAGGCAGCGAUCUUCAGUUUGGAAAGCUGCAGAAGCAUGAUCGCUCUGAUGGAUACAGACGGCAGUGGCAAAAUCAACCUGCAAGAGUUCAAACACCUGUGGAAAAAGAUCAAGCAGUGGCGGAUGAUCUUCACACGCUACGACGUAGAUCAAUCUGGCACCAUUAGCAGCUUUGAGAUGAGGAACGCUGUGCAAGAUGCAGGCUUCCGUCUCAAUAACCAGCUGUAUAACAUCAUAACCAUGCGUUAUGCAGACAAGAACCUGGAACUGGACUUUGACAGUUACAUCAGCUGCAUGGUUCGGCUCGAAGGGAUGUUCCGAGCAUUCCAAGCCUUUGACAAAGACGGAGACGGUGUAAUAAAGUUGAACGUUGUAGAGUGGCUGCAGCUGACAAUGUAUGCAUAGAUCUCUGUCGGGAUGCACAAGACUGAUCAUCAUGGGUUCUCUGGGAAUGGCCCAGAAAACAUUUUUAAUUCAUGAAACCUCAAGACUGACCAAAAUAGGUCUUAAGUAAACUAGAGUGACAACUUGCAAUUGAUCUUUGUGCUGCUCUAUGGAUUCUCCUGCCUUGUGAACUGAGCUAAUGGUUGGAUGUAAAGUCUCAAGCUGGUUUGGAAAACCAGGCCAGUGACCUUACAAACUACAAUCUUACAAGUACAAUUGACUUUUUUUGAUUAUUACCAAUUGCAUUUUUGUAAAAAAAAAGUCAAUAAAUACUUAUUUUUAACUGA